AUGAAGUUUUGGCACGUCGCCGCCGCCGCCUUGCUGGCCGUUGCUGGCCGGGUGGAAUCCAAAUCCACCUUUUCGCCCGCCAGACCUCCUGCAGCUCCUCUCGCCGUCCGCUCACCCUAUCUGAAUGUCUGGCUCAAUGGGCUGACGGAUGGAGGCGAGAGUGGCGUUUUGCCCAAUCAGUGGCCUCGCUUCUGGACGUGCAGAGAGGGCAUCCAGGGCUGGCAAGGCUACAUCAAGGUCGAUGGCAAGACAUAUAAUUGGAUGGGAAACCACCCUAGCACUGAUUACGCCAACCAGACGGCCCAAAGCUACACGUCGACCAAGACCACCUUCGUCAUGGAUGUUGGCGGACAGGUCGAGCUCACCAUCAGCUUUCUCUCGCCCGUCUUUCCCAAGGACCAAAUGCGCCAGUCGAUCCCUUUCGCCUACAUGAAUGUCGAGGUCAAGUCUAUGGACGGCUGCUCGCACUCUGUGCAGAUUUACAGUGACGUCUCUGGAGAGUUUGCGUCUGGUGAUAACAGCGCGCUGAUCGAGUGGGAACACCAAAACGUCAACGACCUGCACACGCACCGUUUUUGGCGACAAAAUCAAGACGUGUUUAAUGAGGCCAAUGACCAGGCUUCGUGGGGCCACUGGUACUGGACGACAAAGGACCAAUCCGGUGUCAGCUACCAGAUCGGGCAGGAUACCGAGGUACGGAGCCAGUUUGUGAACAACGGCUCUCUGGAUGGCAGCAUCGACAGCCAGUUCCGCGCCCUACAAGCCAUACUAACCGCAUAUUCUAGGCCGGUAUUCGCCCUUUCACGCGAUCUUGGAAAGGUCAAUGAGACUGUAGCGACGCUCUUCACGAUUGGUAUUGCCCAGGACGAAGCUAUCCAAUACCACGGCGUUGGCGACCAGAAAGGUCUUCCGUCUCUGUGGAGGGUCUACUACUCCAAUGACUCUGAACUGGUCAAGUUCUUCUACGACGAUUACGACUACUCCGUGGAAAAGUGCCUGGAACUUGACCGUCGCAUUGAGGACGACUCCAAGUCGGCUGCCGGCCAAGACUACGCCACCAUUACCAGUCUGGCCCUCCGCCAAUUGUACGGCGGUCUUCAGUUCGUCGGUACAAGAGACAACAUCAAGGUCUUUUUGAAGGAAAUCAGCUCCAACAGCGAUAUCCAGACGGUGGACGUUCUCUUCCCCGCCUUUCCCGCCAUGGUCUACCUCAACCACGACCUCAUCCGAUGGACUCUCGAACCGCUGCUCGAGUACCAAAAGAGCGGGCGCUACCCCAACAAAUGGGCCGUGCACGAUCUCGGCCGCUACCCGCGCGCGCUGGGCUACGAUGACGGCAACGACGAGCCGAUGCCGCUGGAAGAAUGCGGCAACAUGAUCAUCAUGAUGCUCUCGUAUGCGCAAAAGUCCGGCAACAACACCUAUCUGGCCGACAACUGGGAUCUGCUCACGCGGUGGGCCGAGUACCUGAUCGAGGACGCCAAGAUCCCCGCGCACCAGCUGUCGACGGACGACUUUGCCGGGCAGCUCGCGAACCAGACCAACCUGGCCAUCAAGGGCAUCAUUGCGCUCGAGGCCAUGUCCGAGGUGGCGACGCGCGCCGGGCACGCAGACCAGAAGCAACACUACAGCGACAUUGCGCACGCGUACUACGGCUUCUGGUCCGAGCACGGCAUCAACCACGCGGCCGCGACGCCGCACGCGACGCUCGCGUACGACGACAUGGACAGCUACGGGCUGCUGUACAACCUGUGGGGCGACAAGGUGCUCGGGCUCGGGUUCGUGCCGGCCGAGGUGUACGCGAUGCAGAGCGCGUGGUACCCGCAGGUGGCCAACGCGUACGGCAUGGUGCUCGACACGCGCGGCACGCUGACCAAGUCGGACUGGCAGGUGUUUGCCGCGUCCAUGGCCGACGAGCCGACCAAGAGGCAGUUUGUCGCGCUCAUGGCCCGCUGGAUCAACGAGACGACGACGUGGCGCGCGCUGACAGAUCUGUACGACACAAAGGACGGCGGGUACCCGCGCGGCAUCGAGUUUACCGCGCGGCCGGUGGUGGGUGGUUUGUUUGCGAUUCUUGCCCUGCAAUGA